AUGGGCCAACUUACCCGUUCAUCCACUCAGCCUUCUCCCCGAGCCGAUCCGGAUCCCGCAGAGGCCAUCUCCGACCUUGUAUGGCCUUUCGGAAAGCUCGAAGGCCUCGACCGGGAUGAUUUUCGUGAAGCCGCUUAUGAGAUAUUCUUCACGGCUUGCCGGUCAUCGCCGGGGUUUGGAGGUAGGAGUGCAAUAACAUAUUAUAAUCCUUCGGACGAGAAAGAUGGAAGCGGGUCUGGGUCAAGUUUUGGACAACCUGGAUCUCCAGUGAAGCCACCGGGGGUGGGGAUGGCAGUAACGAGUAGGGUGAAAAGGACUUUAGGAUUGAAAAUGAUGAGAAAGUCACCAUCAAGGAGGGCUAGCUCUGUUGGGGCAGCACCGUCUUCGCCGAAUGGUGGGGCUGGGACGAGUCCUCGGAGCGCGUUCUCGUCGUUGCCGUCUAGGCCUCGCCGGCCGAUGACAUCAGCUGAGAUCAUGCGGCAGCAAAUGAGGGUGACGGAGCAGAGUGAUAACAGGCUACGUAAAACUCUCAUGAGGACCCUUGUUGGCCAAAUGGGCAGGCGUGCAGAGACGAUUAUUCUUCCGUUGGAGCUUUUACGCCACCUAAAACCAUCCGAAUUUAAUGACCCUCAGGAGUAUCAUUUUUGGCAAAAACGUCAGCUCAAAAUUUUCGAGGUUGGACUUCUUCUUCACCCUUCGAUUCCAUUAGAGAAGUCGAAUGAAUUUGCUAUUCGCCUUCGCGAAAUCAUCCAAGCUUCAGAACACAAAGCAAUAGACACCGGAAAGAAUUCAGAAACCAUGAAAUCACUAGUCAAUUGUGUUGUGUCUUUGUCUUGGAGAAGUGCUGAUGGUUCCCCUACUGAUAUUUGCCAUUGGGCUGAUGGAUAUCCCAUUAACGUACACAUUUAUAUUGCUCUUCUGUACUCAAUUUUUGAUAUCAAGGAGGAAACGUUAGUUCUUGAUGAAGUUGACGAGCUUCUUGAGUUGAUGAAGAAGACAUGGUCUACAUUGGGAAUUAAUAGAUCGAUCCAUAACUUGUGUUUUACUUGGGUGUUGUUUGAGCAUUAUAUUGUGACCGGACAAGUUGAGGGAGAUCUUCUUGGUGCAUCACUGACUAUGUUAGCUGAAGUCGCAAAUGAUGCUAAGAAAGUUGAUAGAGAACCUUUGUAUGUGAAGAUGUUGGCAUCAGCCUUGACUUCAAUGAAGAGAUGGGCAGAGAGGAGAUUGCUUGAUUACCAUCAAAAUUUUCAUAAGGGCACAAUUGGACUAAUGGAGAGUAUUGUUCCAUUAGUCUUUUCGGCUGCAAAGAUCUUGGAAGAAGAUGUUCCAGGAUAUCUUGCAGUAGAAUUGGAGACCGAAGAAAUGACAAAGAUUUCAUCUGGCAAUCGGGUGGAUUAUUAUGUGAGGUCAUCAUUGAGGAAUGCAUUUGCAAAGAUUCUGAAAGAUAGGAACAUAGAUGGAGCUGUUGUUGAAAUGGAAGAAGCAAGUGAAGUGCUCAUUAAAUUGGCUAAUGAAACUGAACGUUUGGCUGCAAUGGAGAAGGAGAUUUUUAGUCCUGUACUCAAGAAAUGGCACCCUGUCGCAGCUGGGGUUGCAGCGGUAACCCUACAUACUUGCUACGGGACUUUGUUGAAGCAGUAUUUGGUAGCAACUUCUGCACUCACAGAGGAGACAACUACGUUGCUGCACAGAGCUGGGAAGUUGGAAAAGGUUUUGGUUCAGAUGGUGGUUGAAGACUCUGUUGAAUGUGAAGAUGGAGGCAAAGCAAUUGUCAGGGAGAUGGUGCCCUAUGAAGUUGAUUCCAUCAUACUGAACCGCAUGAAACAAUGGAUUCAAGAAAUCCUAAAGAAGGGGAAAGAAUUACUCCUUAGAGCGAAAGAAACUGAAACAUGGAAUCCCAAGUCCAAGACCGAGCCAUAUGCACAUUCUGCUGUAGAGCUAAUGAAGCAUAUCAAGGAUUCUUUGGACAGCUUCCUCCAUACCCCAGUGAACUUAUCUGAGGAUCUGGUCCACACUCUCACUGAUGGAUUGGAGCAUCUCUUCAGAGAUUACAUUACCUUUGUUGCAUCAUGUGGAUCAAAGCAAAGUUAUCUCCCUAUACUUCCCCCUUUAACACGAUGUAGCCAAGAAACAAAGUUUUCUAAACUCUGGAAAAGAGCUGCCUGCAGUGUUGGCAUAGAAGACCCAGGCCAAAAUAUGCUAAAUGAAGGCAACCAUCCGCGGCCUUCAACAAGUCGCGGAACACAACGCUUGUACAUCCGUCUUAACACCUUACAUUUCCUCAAUUCACAGCUCAACUCUCUUGAUAAAACAUUGUCCCUGUCGUCAAAAAUUGUUCCUUCACCACAUAGCCGCAUUAACAACAGGAAUAGACAACUUGGGGAUUCCUCCUCCUACUUUGAUCACGCUCGCUCGGCAAUUCAUGUUGCUACUCAGCAUGUAUGUGAAGUUGCUGCUUACCGUCUAAUCUUCAUGGAUUCGAACUCUGUAUUCUACGGAAGUCUAUAUGUAGGUGAUGUAGCAAAUGCACGUAUUAGGCCAGCUCUGAGAACACUUAAGCAGAACCUUACUCUAUUAUGUGCAAUUGUAACUGAAAGAGCUCAACCACUGGCUCUAAAAGAGGUAAUGAGAGCUUCCUUUGAGGCCUUCCUUAUGGUUUUGCUUGCUGGGGGAAGCUCCAGAAUCUUUUUUUGGUCAGACCAUCAGAUGAUUGAGGAGGAUUUUGAGAACCUGAAGCGGAUGUUUUGUACAUGUGGAGAAGGUCUAAUCGUAGAGGAUGCAGUAAACAUAGAAGCUGAGACAGUGGAUGGUGUAGUGGCAUUAAUGGGCCAAUCUACAGAACAAUUGAUGGAAGAUUUCAGUAUUGUGGCCUGUGAAGCCAGUGGCAUAGGUGUAGUUGGUGCUGGGCAGAAGCUUCCUAUGCCACCAACAACUGGAAGAUGGAAUAGAUCAGAUCCCAAUACAAUUUUGAGGGUACUGUGCCACAGAAAUGAUCGAGCUGCUAAUCACUUCCUAAAAAGGUCAUUCCAAUUAGCAAAGAGAAGAGGAUGAAAAUAAUACCAGUUUACAUGAGAUUCUGCCACUAAGGUUGAUCUUAACUGAGGAGCGUGUGAGGCAGGUAUAUGAUCAUAUGAUCUUUGAAUGCUGAGUUCAGGAAAUACACUUUUACGGAAAAAGAUGAUGUAUUUAUUCAUUGUUGUAUACUAGUACAAAGAUAUAUUUGGAGAUGAGAGAACAUUAUACUAAUCAUGGUCUUCUUUUUUUAUAGACCUACGCAGCAUUAGCAAGUAACUGUG